CUUCCGCCAGCGGCCGGAAGCAGGAGCCCUAGAGUGGCCAUGGGGACCGGCGGGCGUAGGGGGACGCGGUCCGGGAAAGGCAUGGAAGGCGCAUCGGCGACUUCUUCCUCUUGCCUGUAUCGUUGUAUCGAGUGCAACCGAGAGGCUCAGGAGCUGUACCGGGACUACAGCCACGGCGUGCUCAAGAUAACCAUCUGCAAAUCCUGCCAGAAACCAGUAGACAAAUACAUCGAAUACGACCCUGUUAUUAUCUUGAUUAAUGCCAUUUUAUGCAAAACUCAGGCCUACAGGCAUAUUCUUUUCAACACUAAAAUAAAUAUCCAUGGGAAACUCUGCAUGUUUUGUUUGCUUUGUGAAGCAUACCUGCGGUGGUGGCAGCUGCAGGACUCGAGCCAGAGUCCAGCCCCCGAUGACGUGAUCCGGUACGCCAAGGAGUGGGACUUCUACAGGAUGUUUGUGAUCGCUUCUUUCGAACAAGCUGCCUUUCUUACUGGCAUAUUUGCUUUCCUGUGGGUACAGCAACCCAUGAUGGCAAAAAGAGCACCCGACUUUGUUCUGCUGCUGAAAGCGCUGUUGCUGUCCAGCUACGGGAAGCUCCUGCUAAUCCCGGCCGUCAUCUGGGAACAUGACUACACACCUCUGUGUCUCAGGCUCAUUAAAGUGUUUGUCCUGACCUCAAAUUUCCAGGCAAUCAGAGUGACCCUGAACACGAACCGGAGGCUCUCCCUGUUGGUCGUGCUAAGUGGCUUACUGCUGGAGAGCAUUGUGGUCUUCUUCUUGCAGAGGAUGGAGUGGGAUGUGAGCAGUGACUGUGCGCUCUACAAGUCUCAGGACUUCUGAAGGACCAGCUACCUCAAAAGAGAAGGCACAAAAGAACUCAAGGUCUCUGCUUUCUGUGAGUGAAGCCAAGACUGGGGAUUUCUGAACGUACCCAGACACCCCCAGAAGAUCUGAACCACCUAUACCAAGGCUGCGUGCUCUCGGGCAGGCACCGUAGUUCCUUUAUAGGAAUAAUGAGCUCCAUCCAUCCUUUCUGCUCUUUAGUUCUAAAUAGUACACUGGUGGCUUUAACCCUGUAUUUUGUGUUUUUCUGACAGAAGCACUUUGAAGUUAUCUUUCAGAAUAAAUCAAGCUUUUUAUACAUUUCCAGUUCAGUAACUAAGAUUGUCUUUUGAAUUACCUCAGCCAGAAAUAACCAAGAUAAUCAUUGUA